AUGCACACCACCACAAUGAGAAAAACGAAAUUCCCAAAACCGAGAUUUGAGGGGUGGAAACUGGCGAAAUACUCGUCGGCACUGCAGAUUUUUCAGAUUCUGGGUUCCCUAGUAACCCUUGUGCUAAUCGGUUCAGUCGGUUCACAAUUUCCGCCGACAUAUGCUGCUCUAUUGACAUGCGUAUUCUCAACCAUCGGAGCAGCUGUAUUCGUUCUUUGUGACGCAUUCAAUUUGAAGGAGACCGAACCGGAUGAGUGGGUGUUUUGGGUGAGUCGAUAA